AUGAAGGAUGUGAAAUAAGGAAACAGAGAGCAUGGGUUUGAUCCGGGGUGAGGUGGGAUCAGAUCACAAUAAGAUGGAAGAGAAUGAAGGAAGGAGGAGGGCUUCUGCAUCCGCGGAUUCGGAGGACUCCACUUGCUGCCCCAUCUGCUUGGGACCCAUGCUUCAGGAUUCCUACCUUGACAAAUGUUUUCACAAGUUUUGCUUCAAAUGCAUUUCACGCUGGACCAAGGUGGUUGCUGGCAAGUACCAUUCCCCACCUUCUUCUGUAAAAUGUCCCCUUUGCAAGACAGAAAAUUUUUCGAUAAUUUACGGAUUUGAUGAAAGUUGUUUUCAGCGGCAAUAUGUAAAUGAGGAUUUUGGGGAUAGUUUUACCUUAUCAAGAGCGCAGAGAUAUAGAUUACAAUGCUAUUACACUGAACCAGGUAUCUUAGACGACAUAUUCAAUAUAUCACGGUAUUGGAAGUCGCAUAAGUACCAUCAGCCAAAUUGUUGGAUUCAGACUUGGCUCAGAAGGGAAAUUCAAGCGCUUAUCCAGGAGGAAGGCGUUGACGUCAUUGUGCACCAUAUAAUGGGAGUAAUGAGUGCAUCACUGUCAUGGAGAGAGCAAAAUCGUCGCAUUAUGGCAUCUGAAAAGCAGCAGGAGGAGUUCAAGAUCGCAGUUUCAGAAGCAGCAAUGCCCUUUUUAGCUUCAAGGACCGACAGAUUUGUUUACGAGGUCCAACUGUUUCUUGCUUCAGGAUUGAAUAUUGAAGCUUAUGAUGCAGUUUACAUACAACGACUGGGUUGGAGUUCGACCGGGACAAGCACACAGGCGUCUCAGAGUGAACUUAUUGAUCGCAAUACGGUGACUUCAUACUUGUAUAUAUUUGAUGCAGACUCUGAUGGAAAUGAAUAGAUACUUUUGUCUUCUUUUAUCUUGAAUUCUUUUUGUAGUUGUAGUAGCCCGUAUAUUGUUUCAAGUAGUUUAAAAUUUUUUUCCUUAUAGCCAGUGUCCUAUUGAAUAUCCGACAGCAAGAGCCUGACUCUUCAAGACUUU